GGGUUGGGAGCGUGGGAGGGGACCCGGAGCACAGAAAGUCGCGCGGUUAAACCUCAUGUCUGUCCUUUGUCCCGGCUAUCUCUCCCAGCUGGCUCACGCCAUCCGCCUGCUCCUGGAGUACACAGACUCAAACUAGGAGGAGAAGAAGUACCCGCUGGGGGACGCUCCCAACUAUGACAGAAGCCAGUAGCUGAAUGAAAAAUCCAAGCUGGGCCUGGACUUCCCCAAUCUGCCCUACUUAAUUGAUGGGGCUCACAAGCUCACCCAGAGCAACACCAUCCUUUGCUACAUUGCUCGCAAGCACAACAUGUGUGGGGAGACAGAGGAAGAGAAGAUUCGCGUGGACGUAUUGGAGAACCAGGUUAUGGAUGUCCGCUUGUGCAUGGCCAUGAUCUGCUACAGCUCUGACUUUGAGAAACUAAAGCCUGAUUACUUGAAGGAGAUCCCUAAAACGAUGAAGCUCUUCUCAGAUUUUCUGGGGAAGAGGCCCUGGUUUGCAGGGGACAAGCUCACCUAUGUGCAUUUCCUGGCGUACGACAUCCUUGACAUGCACCGCACAUUUGAGCCCAGGUGUCUGGAUGAAUUCCCAAACUUGAAAGACUUCACUUCCCGUUUUGAGGGCUUGAAGAAGAUCUCUGCCUACAUGAAGUCCAGUUGCUUCCUCCCAGGCCCUCUGUUUCUAAAGACUGCCAUGUGGGGCAACAAAUACUGCCCUGUAACCAGGAGACGGGAGUGAGGAGCCAUUGUCCUGGAGACCAGGUGGACCUCCCUGUGCACAGAACCAUCUGUCUUUUUCUUUCUCCUUCUUUUCACUCUAGAUGCCGUCUUGGCCCCCUUUAUCUCCCUCCCAACCCCCUUUUCAUCCAUCCUUUAUUCAGUUCCCCACUCUUCUUCAGCAAAGUUCCUCCCCCACCCCACAUUAUCCCUCCUGCACUAAAGCCAACUAGACUAUCCUUCCUUUCCAUGGUUGCUUCUGCUGUGAGGAGCCCGACCAGACCCCUGGCCCACAGAGCUCUGCUCUGAGCUCCCACCACUGCCCUGAAGAUCAGAAUUGGCCUGGUGUGCAGGUGCAGGCCCUGCCUCCCAGUGUGGUUCCUGCCCAGCCCUGUCUGAUCCCCAGUAAAGCCUUAAUGAUACCUGCUGUGUCUUGUCUUAUGCCCUCCUGGCUUCCUGGAGUCACGACUGACUGUUGGGUGUGUGUGGGUGUCCAUUUUUCCUUCUGUUGUCCACUGCAGAGGCUCCGUGGAUGGGCAUGCAUGUGUGUGUGUGGUGGGGGGUUGGGGACAGGUGGGAUUAUACUAUUGCUUGCUCCUUUCUAUUUCUACUUCAUGUACCUCUGUUCUUUAGCAUGGGGUCUUUACAGAAGGGGGGCCCUUCUGUGCCUGGUUCCCUCCUUAAUUCAGCAUUCAUGGGAAGCCUCCUGUCAGCUUGUGGUACUCUGUGUCAUGGCUCAGGGGGCUCUUGGGUGGGCUGGGGAAGGGGUUUGAGGACUCUACUGAUAGUGUGGGAUCCUGGUGGCCUACCUUCUGUCACCCUUUCCUGGAGGCUGUCCCUGCUUUAGAUACCCUUCAUCUGUGUUCUUAUAUCUCAAUAAAACAUACCCCCACUGUAUUAUAAUUGUUGUUUUACUUGUUUUGCUCUCCAACUCAACCAUAAAGUCAUUGAGGAGAGAAUCCAUGUCUUAUUUGACUUUAUACUUAUAUCUAUCAUACUGCCUGGUGCACAAUAAACAUGUAAUGAAAUUUGGAAAUUUGGAAAAAGAAUUAUCUCUAGUUAAAGCCCUGGCGAACUCUACAGCCACUAUAUGGAUUUAGAGCCUUGGAUAUAGUUAUCUCAGCCAUCUGAGAUAAAGAAUACAUUUCAGAAGGUUUAAAAUCUGCAGGUCUGGGGGAAAGCCAUUAGCUCUCUCUAACUUAAGCAUUUAGUAGGCUGUAGCUGCCCCUUGGACGUCUUGAUCUGAAAUGGGCAGGCCUAGUGGGCUGGGUCAAGUGUAGCCACUCCGUGCAGUCAGGAGGUCGCGUGGCCAUU